CGCCAAACAAACGCAACGUAACUCGCGCGUGCCUCCAAAAAACACACACACAAAAAAAGAAAACAACAAAUAAAAAACGUACAAAAACAACAAGAGCAGCAAAUCGCAGAAAUCGCAGCAAAAUAACAAACCAAGUCGAAACCAAAAAACACCAAAACACCACACAACAAAAAAUUAAUUUUUUUUUACAAAUUUUUUUUUUGCACAACAAAUGCCUUAAACAAAAUUAACAACAAAUAAAGAAAUCGCGUUAAAAUUUUAAAACAAAAAAGUUUGGCACUAAAAAGCAAUAGCAGUCAAGUGAAGCUCAAAAGGUGAAGUUCCAGUAAUAACGAAAACAACAACAGCAGCAAAACCAAAAAGCAACAUCAACAAGAGAAGAGCAGAAGCUUGAACAAGAGCUAAAAGGGUACUUUAAUAACAACGACAACAUGGGAAAAAAGAGCUCCAAAUUGAAACAGGAUACCAUCGACCGUUUAACAACUGACACAUACUUUACGGAAAAAGAAAUACGUCAAUGGCACAAAGGAUUUCUGAAAGACUGUCCGAAUGGUUUACUCACAGAGCAAGGUUUUAUUAAAAUCUACAAGCAAUUCUUCCCACAAGGCGAUCCUAGUAAAUUUGCUUCGCUCGUGUUUCGUGUUUUCGAUGAGAACAAUGAUGGGUCAAUCGAGUUCGAAGAGUUCAUACGCGCCUUAUCCGUCACAUCGAAAGGAAACCUGGACGAGAAACUGCAGUGGGCUUUUCGCCUUUACGAUGUCGACAACGAUGGUUAUAUAACGCGUGAAGAAAUGUACAACAUUGUGGAUGCAAUCUACCAGAUGGUGGGUCAGCAACCGCAAUCGGAGGAUGAAAAUACGCCGCAGAAGCGUGUGGAUAAGAUAUUCGAUCAAAUGGAUAAGAAUCAUGAUGGAAAAUUAACAUUAGAAGAAUUUCGUGAGGGUAGUAAAGCUGAUCCACGUAUAGUUCAGGCGUUAAGUUUAGGUGGUGGUUAAAAUGAAUAUUAAUAUAUAUAUAUAUAGAGACAGAGAGAAACGCGCAACAAACUAUUUAUUGUAACAACAACAACAACAACAGCAACAGCAGCAGCAGCAGUAACAAUAAUAGCAACAACAACAACAACAACAACUAAAAACAACGUUAAUAACAGAGCAAAACAAAAACAACAAAAAAAACGCAAAAAAAAUCGCAGCUAAAAGUUUCUUGAAAUAAAACGUAAACAUAACAGGAAAUGCUUUUGGUUUUUGACUUAACAUUUUACACUCUGGUAAAUAAAUAAAAGAAAAAAACAAAAAACAAACCGUUAAAGCAAUCAGAAAUCAGAAUCGCCAACAACAAAAGUUUCAAUAUAUAACAAAAAAAGAAAAAACAAAAAACAAAAAUAAAUAAUAAUGAAAAAGAUUUAAUGCCGAUUUCGCGCGUCGAUUAACAUUCAAAAUGAUAAUAAUUUUUUGAUAUAUACGAAUAUGAAAAAUGAAAGACAAAAUUCAAAUUUAUUAUAUAUAUAAAUUAAUUAUAUACAUAUGCAUACCAAAAGUGUAAGCAUACUUAUAUACAUACAAAAUGUGGCUAUAAUUCAAAUCGCGGCGUAGUCAGAACGCAGUUCAUAGCGGUAUAAUGUGAAAGUAAAAAAAAAAAACAUGAAAACAAAAUAAAUUCAAUAAAUAAUUAAUUGAAUAUGAAACUGCGAAACAAAUUAUUAGUAAAUAGAGAAACAUCAACAAAAAAAUAAAAAAUAAAUAACAAAAAAUCAAUGGCACAUUUAAAACAAAGUAAUCGAAAAACCAAAACGAAACGUAAAAAUAAACUUAAAAAUAAAAAUAUAACAAAUAACGAGAGCAGCCUUCGAAAUAUUUUUAAAAAUUGAUUAUAAAUGCUAAAAACGAAAAAAGCGAAAAUGAAAAAAAAAAAAAAUUGAAAAUAAUUUAAAGCAAUACUUAAGCAUUGUUGAUAUACGAAAGCAAAAUAAUAUACCAUACAUGCAUACUUAUAUAGAGAUAAACCGAUAUAUGUAUAUGUAUACAAUACACCUUAUAAGGAUUAUAUGCGCGACAACAACAACAACAAUCAACAACAACAACAACAAUAGCAGCAACAGCAGCAACAACUAACAAAUUACAAUAGCAGCGGCAAAAAUUAAUAAAAAUAUUCAUAAAAAAAAGCAAGGCAUUUAUCAAUGACAGUUGCAAAGCAGCGCAAAACUUAACGCAAUAUUUGUAAUUAGGCAAAAACACACAAAAUUUCCACACUCUUAUAUUCACACAUAUACACACAAACAUAUGCAGACAUUGACAGAAUUUCACAAAAACGCAUUCUAUAAAAAUGCCAAGAGAAUAUUCUGAAAUUUCUGAAAAUUUGUUUUUUUUUUUUAAUUGUUUUUGUUUUGCGCCACUUUUACCGUGACAAUAGCCUAAAAGAAAGAGACAACAUAACAAACAAAAAAUAAACAACAAAAACACAUAGUUUAUGAUAAACAAAACGCAUAUAAACAACGCACCGCAACAACAAACAAAUAAACAUCAAACAACUACAAGCAAAAAAAAAAACGAAACCGAAACUUGAAGCUUUUGAAAAAAAAAGUUUACUAAGCUACAAACGAGAAACAACAAUCACAACAACAACUACAAGAACAAGAAAAACAACAACAACAAGUAUUACCUUUCAAAGAGAGAGAGACAGAUAGAGAGGGAGAGAAAGAGAGAUAGAGAGUUAAAGCCCCGCACGAGAGCUCAAAUCAAAUCCAUCAUACGAUUUAAUUUCUAUUCUAUAUGCGGUUCAGCUUUAUUAUUACAUUAAUUUACUAACCCAGUUAAUAAUUUAUUACUACAAUCUAUCUAUAUACAUAUAAAUAUGUAUUUAUAUCUAUAGAUAUAUAUAUGUGUAUAUCAAAUGCGUAUAUCUCUAUAUAUAUGUCUACAUAUAUUUCUAUAAGCUGUAUUACAUAUUUGCUAAUUCGUAAUUUCAAAACAGUAGCACACACAACAAUCAAAUCAAUCAAUCAAUCAUGCCAUAUUUCAUCACCCAACUUUCUCUUACUAUUACUUACCUAGUAUGGACAGUGUAAUGACUUUGCUGUUUCCCUCAUCGUGCAUAUACUUCAUACAUCUCUAGUACUUCUUUAUGAAAUAUGUAUACACAUUGGAUCACUAUCUCUAUUUUAGUGCCAACUCUUUAACUAUUUCUUAUGGACAUGGCUCUUAUUUCAUUUCGUAUUUCUCAAUUCUGUUUACACUUUUCUUCUUCGUUUUACUUUAAUGCGUGGCCUUAAGUCAAAUUGUCCAAUCGCUUCGAUAUUUUUCAAAUUAUAAUUGUAUACUAGCAUUUAUACAAGUACAUACUUUCUAUAAACAUACGUAUUAUUAUCUCUGCUUAUUAUAGCCUCUUUCCAUAUACAAUUAUUAUAAUAGUACAUAUUCCUUACUCUUAACGUAUGUAUGUAUGUGUGUAGAACUGGGUUUUCUUCUUUUCUGUUCUGUCUAUUUUGCUUGCUUUCACUGUGAACCCAAUAAACACUCCCAACAUAAUCCGAACAAAGUAAUUUUUUUCCGAAAUCGUUGAAAGAAUAACACCAAAAAUAUGAUAACCCAAGAGAUCCCGCAAUUCUUUAUCAUAGUGGAGAGAUGCUAUUCUAAGCAAAACCAAACUACAUAAAUACAUAAAUAAAAUAUAUAUAUGAGUAUAUGCCAAUUCUGAGAGCCGCAUUGCUUUAAGCUACUGCAAAAUACUAUUUGUCUGUGUGUCCGCUUGACUAUCUUUAAAUACUUAAAUCUAACGAUUUCUGAUUCUAAAUUUGAAGAUUUUCGUAACAAACUGCAUUCAUUUUUCGUCUAACUCUUUGUAAUCAAAGUCAUCAAUGAAAAAUGAAAAAAAAAUAAAAAUAAAAAGAAGCAUAAAUAAAUAAUGAAAUCAGCAUAGAUUUACGCAUAUACACAUAUAAAUGCAUAUAGAUAUAUACCAAAAAACACAAGAAUAUAUUAAAAUCUUUUAUUGUAAUAAGCACAACAAUCUAAUGAAACUCAAACAACAAAAAAAAAAAAAAAAAAAAAAAAAAAAAUUGAAAAAGCAAAAUAAACGCUUCUAGAAACCUCACUGAAAUUCUUCGAUAACAAGAAAGAACAAAAAAUUAUAUUAUGAGAAAAUAUAACAUACUAUAACUAAAUAACAUACACAAUAUGAAUUACACUCAAAUAAACACACACACAAACACACACACCGCUACACACCAAAAUUAAAUAAAAAUAAAAAUGACAACUUAAUCAAUAAUUAAAUAAUUCGAAAGUGAUAUAGCUGACAAAAACAAAUGUGUCUGUAGUUUAGUAGCUAAACGUAACAAAAAGAAAAAAAAAACAACACAAAUAUAUGAAAAUAAUAAUAUAUCUGAAAACAGAAAAUUUAUCUUCAAUUAUACUUAACACACACAAACAAAGACGCUGUAAAUAACACUUCAAAAAAAAAACACACACACAAACAAUCACACAAACACAG